AUGUCUGUGAACGUUCCUACCAAUCCCAAGCAGAAGGAGAAGGAUAUCAACCAGAAGCUCCAAUUCUUUGGUAUCUACCAUGCCUUCAAGAAUAGCAAGCUCCCCUCGAACAAGCAAUGCGACGUCGCUUUGAACAGUGCCCUGAACUCUAAGGCCCUCUCAUCUCCACCCAAGGAACUCUCAUCCGACGGAAAGACCCUUGUGGCAGAUCUGCGCAAUGUCAUUGACGCAGCUAAGAAGAUGCUCUUGGUCAAGAACGAGGGUGAACUCCUGCAGGACUUUGUCUGGCAAGCCCAGAAGAUAUCAGGCGAGGGUGCCAAGCGCCCUGGCCUCCCCAUCGAGAAGGACGCCGGUCAGCAAGAUGCUAGCAAGGUCAUUGAUGGCCUGAAGACUCUGGGCUCACUCAUGAUCACCAACGGAGAGUUUAGAAAACUACUGAACGAUGCCAUGACUCUUGGCAAAGACAUUGCUGCCGAUGCUUCUCAAAAGGCCGCCAACCAGGUCCGCCCCUCCGAAGAGGAGCUCUCGCAGAUCGAUCAAGCUGCAGAGGAAAACGUUUGGCACGAGAAGCCCAAUGUCUCCAAGGAUGACCUGAAGUCCAAAUUCAAGAAGACCAAGGCCCAGAAGGGAAGCGCUGCUGAGGCUUCCGCUGCGGUCGGCGAGGAAGAAGCUGGCGUGUCACCGCAGAACAAGAAGAAGGAACUUUCCGAAAAGACCAAGAACUACUUGUCCGAGAAGAUUCCCAAGGAGCGUCGCGAGCAGACUGUCUGGCGCCUGAAGAAGAUGAUCAUUGAGAUUCAGGGUCAUGCUGACUACCAGCAAGCCGUUGAGACCUUGUUGGGCCUGGCCGAGCAAUACGCCGGACACACCAAGGAAGUCUCCAAGCAGGGCGGUAGCUCUGCCCGUAACGUCCUGAAGACCGACGAUGUUAAGGCUGUUCAGUACAACUUGCGCACUCUUAUCGAACGCUUUGCCAACCACACCUCUCUGGACAGCUUCUUCGAGUCGCUAAACACCAUUUACCGCGAUGCUGAGAAGGAUCCCGAACUCCGAAAUUGGUUCAAGAAUGUCGACACCUUGAUUCGCAAAUCUCUGCGCGAGCAGGGCUUCAUCAUGGAGGACGAAUGCAACCGCCAGUGGAACGAGAUUUACGAUAAGGGCCGUUACCUCCUGCGCGAGCGUUACCGCGGUCACUCCGACCGUGUUGUCGACGAGGUCAAGUUCAUGGCCGACCAAUUCGAGCAGGACCCGCAAAACCAGGCCCUUGCUGAGUCGUUCCAGAAGCUGUUCAAGGAUCUGGGCCACGAUGGCAGUGGCAAGCCCACCUUCAAACCGGACCUUCUUCGGGAUCUCCGCGAUAUCAUCAUUCCCCACAUUUUCGAGAAUGUCCGCUACGUUCCAAUCCCCCGUAUCGAGGUUUCGGAUCCCAUGAUUGAUGUUGUGGUCGAAAACCUGUGCAUUGAGGGUGACAACCUGAUGCCCAACAUUGUGGAGUUCAGCAGCGACAACUACUUCCGCUGGGGUCGCAAGAAGAUCACCAGCAAGCGUGAUAAUAAGAUCAUGAUUUCCAUGUCUGGCAUCCAAGCUGAUCUGCGCGAUGUCAGCUACUACAUCAAGAAGAAGGAGGGCUUCCCCGCCAUCACCGAUCGUGGUGUUAUGGAUAUCCUCCUCGGUGGUGAAGGUAUCAGCGUCAAGAUCGCUGCUUCUACCGCCCAGCAGAACGACAAGGAGCACUUCUUCAAGCUCGACAAUGUGCAUGUGAGCAUCAACAACAUGAAUAUCAAGCUCAAGAAGUCCAACCACAAGCUGCUCUUCAAGACCUUCAAGCCCAUGCUGUUCCGCGUUGUCCGGCCUGCUCUGCAGAAGGUGGUCGAGGGCCAGAUCCGCGAGGCCUUCAGAAAGGGCGACCUCUUCGCCAAGGAUAUCCACACCGAGGCCAAACGUGCCCAGGAGGCCGCCCGCGAAGAUCCCGCGAACGCGCCCUCAAUCUUCUCUCGCUACGCCGAUGCCUUCCGCGCUCGCGCCCAAGCCAAGGCCAAGCAGGUCGAGGGCGUUGUCCAGCGCGGCACCAAGGUCCAAACCGUCAUGACCCUCCACGAUUCCAUCUUCCCUGACAUCGAGCUCCCCGGUGCUGUAUCCACCAAGGCCACCGAGUUCGCCGAUAUGGCUGCCAAGGGCGAGCGCUGGGAGUCCCCCAUCUUCAGCGUCGGCAACGCAUCCGAGUCCACCGGCAUCCCGUCCGCUGGCCCCAUCACCAACAAGCCCCACGGCGCCAGCACCCACGGUGCAGGUGCCGCCGGAGUUGCUUCCGCCGCGGGUGCCUCUGGCGCCACCACAGCCGCCGCUGCUAACACUGGCAACGCCACCAAUGGCAGCAAGGCCUCCGGAUACCCGGCCCGUGGCUUCUCCGAUGAGGUUGACAAAGCUUUCGUCGAUGGCAAGACCCAGAACUUGGGUGAGGGCAUUAAGCAUGGUGCUGAUGGUACUAAUGGCGCCAACGGAGUCACUAACCCAACUACCAUCCACAAUAUUGGAACCACCGUCUAA